AUGUUGGGAACCACCCCUAUCCCUGUGACGCCGGACAUUCUCGAGGGUCUCGUGUUGCUUUGCACGAUUCUAUUCUCGCUCUGUUUCAUCACCCUUUCCCUAGCGAAAGCCCAAUCACCGCGGAGUCCUCAUAGUGUACCUUACUCUAUCCCUAUCCUUAAAAGCACUAUUCCUUUUGCUUUUGAUGGAUUCAACUUCCUACACAAUGCUCUUCGUCAAUUUCCCUAUGCUUCCACACUACAGAUUUCAACAGUUGUCGGUGAUAUCUACCUUGUAACUGGUCCUAAAAACGUUAAUGAGGUCUUCCGCAGCCCUCGCCUUACUAUUACACGAUCAUGGAGUCUCGUUCUUCGACAAUGUUUCGGAAUGAAGCAAAGAUCGGUUGACGCAUACCUCGCUGAUACAUCUGGGACACGGUACAAACCAAUUCCUGGGAGCUCAGCUAAGCCGAAGGGUCGCAUAAGCCUUAUGACGCAUGAGAAUCUCAAUGCAGGUCUCUUGCAAGGCGGGCUUGGCCCAGCUACUGAUCGAUUUGAGACCCUUUUCCAGGAGUCACUACAAGCUAUGGACAUCGGGCAUGAUUGGGCAUAUAUGCCAGACAUUACGGAGUUCUUUCAGAAUCAUCAGGGCUCGGCGCUAAUACGCACACUUUUCGGAGAAGGAUUACUCACCCAAGAGUCUCAUUUCAUCAGCGAUCUGUGGGUGUUUGAUGAGGGAGUUAUGAACCUUGCCCGAAGGAUACCGAGAGUGUUCAUUUUGAAAACUGCUCGUGCACGCGAUAGGCUUUUAGCAGCAGUCAAAAGGUGGCAACAAGCUGCGUUGACCUCUCAAAAAAAUUCAGAGUAUACCCGUGAUUCUGUCACUGACCCCAGCUGGGGUACGAAGAUGAUGAGAGAAAGAUAUCACACACUCCUUGGUGCUACUGGUCAAGAUGAAUCAUCAGUGGCCUCAACAAAUCUGGCAUUUAUAUGGGCCUCGGCCACAACGGUUGUACCAUCCUCUACCACAAUGGCUAUUCAAAUUUUUCGAUCUCAGUCAUUGCUUACCUCAUUACGUGGUUCACUUUCUCGUCUUCCACCAACUCCCACCAUAAAGGAGCUAGAAUCCAUUCCUCUUCUACUGUCUACAUACGCAGAGACGUUGCGAUUUGGGAUCCAUAUUCAUAUUCCGAGGACUGCACCACACCAUGACCUUUCUGUCAAUAACACCAUCAUACCAAAGGAUCAUCUCAUCCUUAUUAACACGCGACUGGCUCAUACCGAUGAAGAAGUGUGGGACACACAUCACGGCAUGCGACCGCUCGAUGAGUUUCAUGCUGACCGAUUUAUUAUCGACCCUAAUGAUCCAACGAGCGGUCCUACUCGGAAAAAGCAGCCAAUUCCAAUUGAAAAACUGGAACAUGGCGCUUAUUUCUCUGCCGAGGGCCUCGAAGGCGCCUGGAUUCCAUAUGGCGGUGGUCAAAAUGCAUGCCCUGGACGCCUUCUCGCAAAGCGGAUCAUGCUUCUCUCAACUGCAUACCUGAUUAACAAUUUCGACAUAGAACUCCUAGAAGAGGAGAAAGGCCUUCAUUUCACAUCGCCGCGGUUCGGGUUUGGCGUCAGUAAGCCCCAAGGCCCGGUGCGUUUUCGAAUACGACGACGGAAUCAUACAUGUAAUUCGGAAUGUGCGUAUUAUGUAGAUACUUGA